AUGGCGCCUACCAAAAUGUUACUGCCCGCGAUUCUAGAGCUUGUGGCCUUGACACAAGCGGCCCAGGUCAAUUUUGCCUUGGAUCUCACAUGGGAGAAGGGUGCGCCCAAUGGCGUCGAGCGCGACAUGAUUUUUGUGAAUGAUGCUUUUCCCGGGCCGUCGUUGAUCAUGGACCAGGGCGAUGUAGUCACUAAGAUUGAUGUAACCAAUCAUCUACCGUUCAACACAUCUUUACAUUUCCAUGGAAUUGAACAGAAAGGAACACCCUGGGCCGAUGGAGUAUCUGGAUUAUCGCAGUGGGCUAUACAACCCGGUCAAACAUACACGUACCAGUGGACAGCUACGCAGAAGGGAACUUAUUGGUACCAUUCUCACGACAAAGACCGAAUUAUGGAUGGGUUAUAUGGUGCAAUUCAAGUUUUGCCACCGGCUGAUAACGAUUCGCCCUUUGCCAUGAUAUCUGAUGAUCCCGAUGAUGUUGAAGCCAUGAGGCUUGCAGAGCAAAAUGCCAACCUGGUAAUUCUCUCCGACUGGGACCAUCUCACUUCAGAUGCAUACAUGCAGGCUAUAAUGGAGACCGGAUACGAUAUCUUUUGCUCCGAUAGUGUACUUAUCAAUGGCGGAGGAUCAGUUUAUUGCAAAGACCCAGAAGAACUUACUGCCCUGCAGCCGCCACAGAUUCGGGCAGUUGUGACCGAACCUCUGACUGACAAAGGAUGCGAUCCUUUCAUGGCCACUCUACAAGGAGAUUGGGAUCAUCAUCCCGAAAAACUUCCUGGGAAUUUGAACUCCGGAUGCAUCCCAAGCCAAGGCACGAAUUCUACCAUCCAGGUAAAUGCGGACAAAAAAUGGGCAAGCUUCAACUUCAUCAGUGCCGCCAGCCUCAAAGCUCUCACGGUAUCAAUUGAUGAGCACCCGAUGUACAUAUACGAGGUUGAUGGCCACUAUAUCGAACCUCAACUGGCUCAUCAGGUUCCGAUUUACAACGGAGAACGAUACUCAGCCAUGGUCAGACUCGAUAAACAGCCCGCAAAUUAUACAAUGAGAGUUGCUGGUAAUGGAAACCAGAUAAUUUCCGGGUUUGCAGUUCUCGGCUACGAGGGUGGCGAACAAACCACAUAUGAGUCGGUACCUUACAUCGACUAUGGCGGUAUCAACACAACGGCCUCUGUGAUCCCACUCAAUACCAACAACCUUCCACCAUAUCCACCAAUAUUGCCAGCGGAUGAUGCCGAUGAUUUCCAUCUUCUCUCGCUCGGACGUCUCAAUUCGUCCUGGGAGUGGACAUUAGAUGGGACUACAUUUCUCCCUGCAAAUCUCGCUGCAAUGGAGCCCGCUUUACUGGACCCAAAUGCACCUGGUCUGCAAUCAGCUUUGAAAAUCGAGACUAAGAAUGACACUUGGGUGGAUAUUGUAUUUCAACUCGUGAUUCCGGAGCCAACAAAGUUACAGCCUCCUCAUCCCAUACACAAACAUUCCAACAAAGCGUUUCAGAUGGGGGCCGACCGAGGAAAGUUUACAUGGAAUUCCCUUGCAGAGGCUUCCAAAGAAUCUCCACAAAGCUUUCUUGAAAAGCCCAUUUACCGUGAUACAUUUGUGACGUCUCCAGCCGGAGAAGCCUGGAUCGCCAUUCGCUAUCAUGUUGAAAACCCCGGUGCAUUCCUUUUGCAUUGUCACAUGGAGACGCAUUUGUCUUCUGGAAUGGGGUUGGUACUAUUGGACGGUAUUGAUGCUUGGCCAGAUGCUGGCCCCAUGGAGGUUAACUAG